UAGAUGGUCACAUUCAUGUCCUACACUCAGUUCAGUGGACAUGAAGUAGGUUUUGUGACGUUAAUUUGGAGGUGAGGGCAUUGGCUGCGGUCAUUUAUUUUGGGAACUCAUCGGAGUUAUUAACGUUUUUGAAGAAACUACGAGGGGGUACGUGGCCAGCAAUGGAGCAGAGGAAAUGGUGCUACUCUGACCCAGAGACACUGCACCAGGUGGAGGACACGCCCAUUCAUAAGCAGUGCAGAUCCAUGAGCAACCAGGCAGAGGGCCUGCUCUCCAAUGACGAUCCAAGCACCCAUGGCCUGGUGGCCAGCCGGAGGAAGAUGUUUGAGACUAAGGGCCGCGCCCUGUCUGCCUCCAGCAUUUCCAAAACCACGCUGAAACAGAUUCAGCACAAGGUUCUCGAGGAAUACGUGGAGCUCAAGACAGGCCACAAAAUGGCUGAGCCACAGGAGGCUAACACCCCGACCCUGGGCCAGAGGCACUCCAUGGCAUGGCAGCCGUCAGACUCAGCCCCAAGGCCUCUUACUGGAAAGACUGAAGCCAGAAGGAAGCUGACCAGGCCUCUCUCUGCAGAUCACCUACUGGAUGACUCUUACAGCUCCAUCCUGUGUGGCCAGUUCACCUCCACCACCUCCAAUGAGCCUGCCCGCUUUUCUGGCUGGAAGGAGACAAGCCAAUCAGUUUCAGGGAAAUCAGCCUCCACAGAAGGCCAUUUUGAUCAGCCUGAACAAUUGGGCUCUCACAUCUCAACUCCACAUUCUUGUCAGAUUGAGAAGAACAUCAGUGAAGCUUUACCAGUCAGUAAUGUUCAGAUGUCAAGUCCUCAGAAGAAAGUGGAAAGUGAGAUUGCUGGGAGAAAGCUCCAGGUUCUCUCUGGACAAGAGGCCUCUCACACCCGGGCGAAGGUGCCACGGGGGAAAUCCAUGGAGGAGCUGGCUGCGCCAGGGGUUGGUGAGCCUCUGGUCCUGAGGAAGAGCCUGGAGCAUUUCGACCAGCUCCAUAGCAGGAGGGCCAUGCAGGACAGGGAGGAGAGGAACGUCUCUCUGAAGACGAGGGAGCAGAGGUCCCAAGGACAUGCCCAGAGGAAACCUUUUUUUAAGCAGGAGUCCGCCCCCCAGCUACGCCUCAGGGAGAGUGCCCAAGGAGAGGACAGAAGCCUUAAAGCGAACUCUGAAGGCCCCGACUGGGCAGUCCCCCCGGUCUCACCCUUAUCUCCUCCUGGCAGAACUCACUCCAGGUCCAGCCCCUCACUCACUGGGCCUGCAGAGAGUUUUCUCAGCUCUGAAUUCUCCCUGCCCCUGUGUCCACUUAUCCAGGGUGCCCUACACAGAGAGAGCAGCAGGACAAAGACUGCCUUCCCACCAAGCCUAUCAAAGGGCCCCAGUGAGAGCUGGAGCAGACACAGUAUCAAGACCUCUCCUCCUGGACAGUCCUUGUUAUUGGAACUUUCAGUGGAUGAUCCGGAGGACAUUCAGAUCCCUACAUUCCCACAGGGAGUGUGUCUGAGCCAUGGAGUGACGGCAGAUUCAGACUCAUGGCUGAUUACUCUAGAGGCAGGAAAGAAUGAGGAAGAGGGGCAGUUAUCACCCUGUGGCGAUACCAGCCUACGAGAGGGACAGUAUCUGGUUUCCAAGCCCCAGGCAGCAUCCACUGCUCCUGUGACAGAGCGGAAGGCCAUAAACACCACACAAAUAGAAGUGUCAAGCGAGGAUGAGGAUGAGGAUGAAGGAGUUUCAGUGGAUGAGCCCGAGGCCCCAGUCAGCCAGGCUGAAUCAGAGUGGAAGAAGCUUGUGGAGGAUGUGAUCGCUGAAGACCAAUCAUUGGCUCACGUCCUUUUCCCAGUGACUAACCGUACCACUACGGUGAUGCUGAUGGAGCAGCUGCUGUCUGAGGACACGUUGCUGAUGGAGGAGCACUAUAGGAGGAAGCAGGCACAGAGUACUGGCAGUUCAGAGUGGAACAAGUACAGAUAUGAAAUUGUGGAGAGGGAAGGGAAAAUUUCUUCUUCCCACAUUGAUUAUCCAGCUCCUCAUGCCCCAGCACAGCAGACCAGCCAUGCAGAAGACAAGGGAGCAAGUGAUGUCACAGAGAAGAAGAGGCUUCUGGCGGCCUGCAUUAGGGCCCACCUACAGCUCCUGGAGGAGCAGCAGGCGGCCCUGAGGGAGGAGAUGCAGGCGAUCGGGGAGUGGGCGGAGGCCGUGGAUGCCCUGGUGCGGGAGAACUGCCCUCCAGCGGAGCAUGAACGCUACGCCCAUUUCGUCAGGGACCUGGAGCGCGCGGUCGGCCUGCUGCUCUGCCUCUCCGCCCGGCUCGCCCGUGUACUGAACGCUCUGAGCAGCGUGGACCAGCACACCGACGAGGAGGAGAGGGAAUCUCUGGACAAACGAUACCACCUGCUCUGCAAACAAAGGGAUGACGCCAGGGAGCUCAAGGACAACCUGGCCCGCCGGGAGCGCCUGGUGUCCGCCGCCCUCGCCAAGUGCCUGGCCCCCCAGCAGCUGCAGGAGUGCCGCCGCUUCGUCCAGACCAAGGCCUCCCUCCUCAUCCAGCAGAAGGACCUGGAGGAGAGGCGGGACCUGUGGGAGGAGCGGCUGAGGUCGCUGCUCGGCAGCAUGACCCCCUGAGCCCCUCCGUUUGCCUGCUUCCUCCUGCUGCACUCUCUCCAGUCUGCAACAUUCCCAGGGAUGCCCUCCUGCCCUCCUCCAGCUUCUACUCUAGUGCUGGUCGAUAGUCUCUGCUUCAGUGGGGAUAUCUGUUUAACUAUUUUCAAGGCGUUAAAUGGGAGAGCUGACCUUGAACACAAUAAGCUUAAUAAUUGUUUAUUUCUAUUUAGUUAUCAUGGCAUUGAAAAAGCACUUCUGACUCCA